GGAGUGGGAAAAGAGAAUGCAAGCUUGCGGCUCCAGCGAAGAGAGAUACGAAAAAAGCUGAAGUACCUAGUCACACCUCUAUCCUAUCCGAAAUGUGUUCCCAGCAGUCUAGCAACCGCCCUGUCCUCUGUAUAGCCUGGAAACCCUCACUUACACUACAAGAUCCUACUAGCCCAACUCCUAAUUCCCUUUUUCUCCCCAUCAGCUCUCCCAGCCUCUUCCUCUCCACUUGCCACACUGACGCCCUCGAUCUCACCAUUAUAUCCUUGUGCAUAAUAUAUCUCAUCCGGCAACACCGCCUUAUCGAUGAACGUGCGCGUAGGCUUGAAGGCAUAUGUGAGACCUAUAUACACGAUGCUGGUGGCCACAAGCCCGAGGAGCCAUCCAAACUGAUACGGAUGGACUCCCACGCCGACAUCGAUAUUGCUAUUGAUCGAGUUGAUGAAGCCCGGCAGAUUUGGUGCGACGCCGACGAUGAAGGCUACGACGGCGCGGUAGUUAACGCCAUAUGUGUAUGAGUAGAUGCCGUGUGGUUGGUAUAGCGCGAGGGUGUCAUAUUUGCGCUCAUGGAGGAGCUAGAAGUCAAACACCAUAAUCGCGGCGAUAGGACCGAGCAACACAGCAUAGGCGGACAUGAAGUUAAGGAAAGAUCCUGCCGAUGCGAGGAUCUUCUAUGGGACAAGAGCUCAGCAAAGGACGGCACACAGGAGCUGUCCGCGUCGGAUGUUGAUGUAGGAGGGGAAGAGAGCGGCAAGAUCGUUGGCGGCGGAGAGCGAGUUGGCAGAGAUGUUAACUCCGAGAGCUGUCAGGGCAAAGCUGAAAGCUGUGAAGAUGUUUUUAGACUG